AUAAACUAUAAAGACUGGACAUUUUCUAUCAGUGACAGUCAUCAGCUUGUUGUUCUCUCUGUCAGCCAAUCAUCACCUCAGCAAAUAUGGCAUCAGGCUUUCCGUUUGCUUUGUUGCUCUGUUUGUCCAUCGGACUGUUGGCUCCAUCUUGUUAUGGACAAACCUCCUGCCCAGAUCCCUGCCCUCCUGGAUGGACUCAGUUCGGCUCUCGCUGUUUCAGCUUCAACUUCCAGGGAAAGAGUUGGAGCGAUGCAGAGACUUUCUGCAAGUCCGCCGGUGGGAAUCUGGCUUCAAUCCACUCAGAAGAGGAACAUGUAUUCCUCAAAACCUUCGUUAACCAAGUGAGCGGUGAAAACAGACGGACCUGGAUCGGAGGCUUUGACUCAGUGCAGGAGGGCGUGUGGAUGUGGAUUGAUGGAUCCACAUUCGACUACAAAAGCUGGGCUGAUGGGCAGCCUGACAACGCACGUGGAGUUGAGCACUGUCUUGAGAUGAACUAUCAGGGAAGGAACUGGAACGACGAUCCGUGUGACGACAUAUCUCCUUUCCUGUGCUCCAAGAACCUGUGAGGCCUCCCACCAUCAUGAUCUCACUACAGCUCAUCUAUAAUCUCUAUCAUUGAUUCACUUUCAGUUUGUUCUGCAGACAGAAACAGCUCUCCGCUGACAGACUCACUUUCACUUGUUGACUAUCUGAAGAGUUAGGAAAAGGUUCACAUUUGAGAUUUAACAUUAGAAGGAAACUGUCUCUCUGAGCUGGACAAAACCAUAAUCAGUUAGUGGACUGUUAAUCUAGUAAAUAACACAAAAUGAAAUACAGAAAACAUUCAAAUACUCUGGCACCUUUUCUAUUUUAGUUCACUGAAUAUUGUCUGUUAUAAACAGCUCCCUCUGAUCUCAUAAAAUAAAACUUAAACACUUAUUUGAUUUCUCUCUAAAAGUUCAUGUUCUUAUCGAUACAACUCUUGUCAGAAGUUCACUUCAAGCAGACGUUAGCUUAGCUUAGCAUAAAGACUGGAAACAGGGAGUAACAGCUAGCCUGGCUCUGUCUAAAGGUAACAACAUCUACCUACCAGACAUGUGGUGACGAUCUUCUCAUCCAAAAUGUCCAAAUAGAAAAUAAAAGUCAAACUUUUGUCAGAACGUUCUGUUAUACAAGAGGAGUUUCUGGUGUGUUGGGUUCUUUAUUCAUCUGAUUUCCUUCACUUUAUAAUCAAUAACCAUUAAAUAAUAAAAGACAUAUUGUCACAAACAGUG